GUCUUUGUCAGUGGGCAAAAGUACAAAAUCAGCAGGGGAUCAAAUACUUUUUUCCCUCACUGUACAAACAUGAUAGUAGACAUUGCCAGUGCAAUCUUUUUCCAUGUCUAAGCUUAUUCUACAUUUUUAGAUGAGCCCAAAGUGGUCGAAUGAUCUCCCUAGUUCUCUUGUGGCAUGUUUAUUUUAACCUUUUGGCCUUUUUGCAUGUAGUUAGACAGUGUUUGUGUAUGGAUAGCUACAGUCACUGGACAUGUUUGUGGUUCCAUAGUAUAUUAUUGAAACAACAUUAAUUCAACAAUUAAUGCUUCCAACGUACAGAUUUUUUCAGCACUAACGUGUUGAAUGUAUAACAAAGGGCAAUAUUUAUUUUAUUUUUUACACAUUUUCUUGCAUGUCACGGCUGGAUGUUAAAACUCUAAAUGGUAUGUUGUGUGUUUUUUAAGACUAUUACUUACUAUGCAUAAGAAAUGUCACUCUAUUUUGCAACGCUGGACCCUGUCAGUCGGCCUGUCAUGUAUACUGUGUGGUUAGAUGGUACAGUAUCUUAUUGAGGAGGUCUCUGUAUACAGUAGCUGACCAUCUAGUAUGGCAGUACCUGUUUGGAGAUCUCACCAUCUUGUGUAAAAUGUUCAGGAAUAAUAUUAAAAUGAAGGAUAAGAUACUGACUAUAUCUAUGAGAGUCCAGCUCAGAAGCGGCGGCAGGUAGCCUAGCGGCUAGCGUUGGGCCUGAAACCGAAAGGUUGCUAGUUUGAAUCCCUGAGCUGACAAGGGAAGAAAAUAAAAUACAAUUGAAUUUUAUCCCUCUACGUGAAAUUACCCCCCUCCCCUAAGUACAACAUUAUAUCAAAGAAGAGGUUGGGUUUUACGACAGGGCUAAAUUAAAUGCAACCCACAGAAUUCUGUAUUAUAUUUGUAUUUAUACAUAUAUUUAAUCUUCGCUUUUUGUUUCAUCACAGUCUUUGCCCAAUCUUAUUGAAGGGCUAGGAUUACCUUUACUGUCCAUAUCCCACAAUGUACUGUAGCAUAAUGCCAUCCAUUGUAGUGAGCGCUUUGGGGCCUCUACCCAAAUACAUGCUAUAAAAAUACCAUUGAAUUGUCAUGGCAUGACAGAGCUUCUCACAAAGCAAGAGCUCAUAAUGAAUUAUUCUAUUGUAUCCAGUUCAUUAUUUGAGUAAAUUACAGUUACCUUUCUGCAAUGUGUCCUGUCUCUGUCACAUUAUUGUUGAGUAUUCUGCUGUAGGGUAUUGUUGAAGCACUUGGUCACACGUUUUCGGGCCAUCAUAGGUAAUGCCCAUACUGUAUGAACAUCAACUUAUGUUACACAAAAUGACCACCAGAGUGCAUCCUAUGCCAAUUCAUGAUACAGUAUGCACUCUGCAUAUUCACUGCCUCGGUCAAAAAUAAAUGCCCAUAGCUGAAUAAUACUUAUAGGACGAAUAGAUGAAUGUAUUAUAAGAGUUGUAUAAACCAGCUGCAAGCAAACUUGUUGAAUGUCUAUGGUGAAUUUGUUUAAUAUGUGGUGUAGGGAUGUUCUUUAAUAAAUAAAGAAUGGUUAAGUUAUUAUCGGAUAACAUUUUGGGAGGUCAUCUAGACUUGCUUUACAGAACACAGACGUGAAAAGGUUAUGAGAACAAACGGUUCUUCAGAAUACGAAAGUUUCCAAUUGUGGCAGCUGUCUGUGGUGUGCUGUGGGAGGGAAAGAAAGCCACUACUGGGCGACUAUCAUUGGUCUCACUUUUUAACGAGUGACCGGUUGAAUGACAGUGUGUAAUGUAAUUGCAGGGAGUUCCCAAGAGGCAACAGAUAAGGCAUGCAUUUCAUCAAACUGCUUGGGUUCAGUUUCUGCACAACAACUGAAACCGACGGUGACUGAUUUAGGACUGACGCAUUGAUUACUCUUGUUUGUGAGAGACUCGCAUGAACGCGCUGAAAGUGUUGCAGAGCUGGCGCGUCCUCUAUGGGAAAUAUCUCUUUUCAUCUACAACGCAGCCGGGGAAGUUCAUUGAAGAAAACGCUUGACUACACAACAGUUUGCAGCAACGAGCUGUCUAGGAUGAGGUGUGAGGUGGAGGUGACCCCUGAACCCAGCAGCCCCACACUGCUCGGAGAGGCAGCAGACACCUACUGCCAGGUGGACCGAUGGCAGAAGCUACGCACCGCCGUCCGCAAGCUGGAAUUCUGGGAAGACUUCAGUGCCGAGCUGAUUGGGAGUGGCUUCUUCUCCAAGGUGUACAAGGUGUCACACUGUACCACAAGAAAAGUGAUGGUGGUCAAGAUCUAUAAGAACGACGUGGACCAGGACAGCAUCGUACGCGAGAUCAGUCUACUGCGGAAGCUCUCACACCCUAACAUUGUCAGGUAUCUUGGAAUCUGUGUGCGGGAAGAUAAGCUGUAUCCGAUACUGGAGUAUGUGAGUGGGGGCUGUCUGGAGGACCUCUUGGCCCAGGAGGAUGUGUCUCUGUGUUGGAGAGAGAAGGUGGACCUGGCCUGUGACAUCAGCAGAGGCAUGACCUACCUGCACUACAAGAACAUCUACCACAGAGACCUCAACUCCAAGAACUGUCUGAUCCGGGAGACGUCUCGGGGCAGGGAGGCGGUGGUGACAGACUUUGGUCUGGCCAGAGAGGUGAUGGUGGAGCUGCCGGUCAACGACCCCGAGAGGAAGAUGUCUUUGGUGGGAUCUGCCUUCUGGAUGGCCCCUGAGAUGCUCAGAGGGGAACCUUACGACCGCAAGGUGGACGUCUUCUCCUUCGGGAUCAUGCUGUGUGAGAUUCUGGGUCGGAUCCCAGCAGAUCCCGAGAUCCUUCCCAGAACACGGGACUAUGGUCUAGACGUGGAGGCUUUCAGUGAGAUGGUGCAGGGUUGUCCACGACGCAUCCUGGAGCUGUCAGCCAACUGCUGUCUGUGCGUAGCGCUGGAAUGCACUUUGACAGCAUUUGAACAUGGUAAUAGAAUCCAGAUGGAUGCGUUUCGGAGACCCUCCUUCCCAGAGCUGCUGGACGAGUUAGAGGACAUCGCUGAGAGCCUGGAACCCCCCGACUCAGACCUGACCACGGGGUGAGGGUCUGGGGUCACCGUGUACCCCCAAACCCCUCCACCUCUGGAACAGUAACCACAUGCCGGGCUCAUAUUGCAGCUCUUCCUGCUGACUCUAUGUGACUCUGUGAUUCGCUGAAACAGAGCUCUCUUUCUACAGUACAAACUCAGCUAGUGUGGGUCCAUUUGAAAGGGGUGGGGGCAAAACAGAUUCAACAACCGUGUGACCAAAUUCCAUCAGGAGCAUUUUGUCCUAGCUCUUAAAUUGUAUGAUAUGAUUGUGUUAUUCCACUUGAAGUUAAGGAUGUAGAAGCCUGAUUGUAAAUAGUGCAUAAGGAUCUGUCCAUUCUCUCUUCUAUUUCAAUGCUGCCUCCUAUCAUCAUUGAACAGAAUCUUUAUGUGGGACUGCUCCUCUCUUUCAUCAGCCAGUCCACGUCGCGACGCAAGCAAAACUAAAUUCCUCCCUCUGUCUAACUAGUCAUCUGAAUUAUGUCCUCUGUAGCUCAAUUGGUAGAGCAUGGCGCUUGUAACGCCAGGGUAGUGGGUUCGAUCCCCGGGACCACCCA